AUGCCUUGUGCCACAUUCGAUCCCCGUGGGUGGAUUGAUAAAUACCAAAUACCAUCAUAUCUAUCUAUCUAUCUAUCUAUCUAUCUAUCUAUCUAUGAAUCUCAGUCGAUCAUCCCUCAAACGCCGGUUGAAAAUAAUCUAUCUCCUUCUUUCAAUCUAUUUUCUCUUCUCCUUUCCUUUUUUCUAAUUGUUUUGUGUCUUUCUCACUUUCUCAUCCUUGUCUAUUCUUUCUUUCUUUCUUUCUUUCUUUCUUUCUUUCUUUCUUUCUUUCUUUCUACUUCAUUAUUUGAGAUAACAAAUUUUGAGUGGAAAAAUGAGCUACAUACGCCUACUUACAUCUAUCUAUCUAUCUAUCUAUCUAUCUAUCUAUCUAUCUAUCUAUCUAUCUAUCUUGUUUUCCUAUCUAUUUCUGGUUUUUCAUAUCUAUCUAUCUAUCUAUCUAUCUAUCUAUGUUUUUUCAUAUCUAUCUAUCUAUCUAUCUAUCUAUCUAUCUAUCUAUCUAUCUAUCUAUCUUGUUUUCCUAUCUAUUUCUGCAUUUUUUAUCUAUCUUUAUCUAUUUAUCUAUCUAUCUAUCUAUCUAUCUAUCUAUCUAUUUAUCUAUUCUUGUUUUUUCCUAUCUAUUCAAUGGUUUUUAAUAUUCAAUUUAUCAAUCUAAUAUUUUUUUCUUUAUUUAUCUAUCUAUCUAUCCUAUCUAUCUAUUCAUCUAUCUAUUCUUUCAUUAUCUAUCUAUCUAUCUAUCUAAAAUCAUUAUUAUUAUCUAUCUACCUUGUUUUUUAUCCUGGAUAUCUCUCUUUUCAUAUCAUAUCUAUCUCACAUCUAUCUUUCAACCAUCUAUCUAUCUAUAAUCUAUGUUGUUUAGAAUAUCUUUUCUAUCUCUGGCUUUUCAUAUCUAUCUAUUAUCUAUCUAUCUAUCUUUCUAUCUAUCUAUCUAUCUAUCUAUUUGUUUUUCACAUAAUUUUCUAUCUAUCUUAUCUAUCUAUCAAUCUAACAGUUUUUUAUAUUCAUAGCCUAUCAAUAUUUUGGAUUUUAAAAAUUAUCUAUCUAUCUAUCUAUCUAUCUAUUAUUAAAAUUUAUCUAAUUCUGUUUUUUUUUCAUUAUCAAAAUUCUUGUUUUGGAUAUCUAUCCUGUCCGUUAAGGAUAUUAAUUUUUCUAUCUAUCUAUCUAUUAUCUAUCUAUCUAUCUUUUUUUUUAUAUAAACCUAUUUAA